GAAUGAUCGAGCUACCCCUCACAGCUAACAUACGGUGGGAGAAGCGUUGAUCCGGUGAAUUGAAGAAAUGAAAUGAAUCCAAACGUAAUGAGAUGAACAUAAAAAUUCAACAGGCUAUUUUUCAAUUAGAAAGUCGCCCAAGCAACUCUCAAAGUAGUUCGUUGAAUUGUGCUGAAAAUUGUAGUUCUAGUCUGUUGGAGACAUGUUAAUUGUGAUGAAGACUGCGAUAAGUUGAUGGAAACAUGGUAUAAGCUGUAACCUGCCUUUCUCCAUGUCAUCGAUCGUGCUUCUAGUUGGCCAAUGUGGAAAUCAAGUCGGUCACGAACUUAUGCGUUUGAUUGACAAGAGUGAUGCUCACCCUCUGAGCCACAGGGAUGGCAAGCUGAGGUGUGUCUGUGUGGACAGUGAGUCUAAGGUCAUUGGACAUAACUACCGUGAAGAUUCAAGAUCCAGUAAAUUGUACAGGGAAGGAAACAUGAUCAGUGGACUGAGAGGACGAGGAAAUAACUGGGCAUUAGGGUACCAUGGUCUCAGUGGGGAAACUGAAGACACUUCAUUGUUACACAGGGCUAUGGAAAUUGUGAGGAAAGAAGUGGAAAGAUGUGAUAAUUAUGCAGGUAACCAUGAACCAUUUUCUGAUUCAGUGAGAUAAAGCAGUUUACACCCCUGAAAACUUUCUGUUGGCAACUAAAUUUACUCUGCAUUGGAACAGUGCAAUGUGACCAUUACAUAAGACCUGUCAAUAAAAUCUGUUUUUCCAUUUGCUUCACCUUUCUUGCAGUAUAGGAAAGGGAUAUAAAAUAAAGCAGUUGAAUAAUAAAUAACUUAUUGGGUGUCUUGGUGCUUAAUAUUGCCAAGUAGUUUUAAUCAUUGUCUGCAUUUUGACUUGCUCCACAGGCUGGUUAAAGUACUCAAUGAUACUACACACCAAAAUGUCUAAUAAAAUAUAUAUAUAUAUAUAUAUAUAUCCAAGAAUACAACAUAAUGACUCAGCAUAAUGACUCAGUCGGGGCUUGGAUCUGGACCUUCCAAACCCAAAGUUCCCCUUUUCACAGAUUGACUCAUGUACUUUACAUAAACUUAAACAAAAUGGGUUGGUUGCCCAUUAACGGAGAUGCUUUAGGAAGGGGAGAAGUGUCUUUUAGGCUGAUCAUGCAUCAUGAACACCAUAAAAGUGACCACAAUGUAUUGUUUACAGGGUUUGAGUUUAGCAUGGGAAAUAAUUAUCUGAAGUUCUGAUAAAAAUUCACAACUGUGUCAAAAAGGGGACCUCAAUUACACUAUACCUGAAAGUAAAAGUAUAUUGAAUCUGUAAAUUUGAGUGAUUACAGCAUAAAUAAGGUAUGGAACUACUGAAAGGGCUCAGGAAUGAAGAUUACAACCCUCUGUUUUCAUGUGUUUUUUUUUGUUUCUUUCUUUUUUGGUUUUCAAUACUUUGAAUAUUGUUAAUAAAGGAAAGUGGCAAGUUGGGGAGCAAAAAGUAAGGGGAAGGUUUGGAUUAGCUUUUUGCUGGCCAUACUUCCUUGUUAUGAACUUUACAGUUUUUCAGCCUCUUUUUUUAGCAUAGGAGAGUGAACAAAUUUUGUUCACUCUCCUAUGCUAAAAAAAAAGAGGCUGUGAUCAUUUGUUGGAAAAGUUCUUAAUCUUUAAUACCAAUUGAAAGUGAUAUUAAAAUUGGCAUUUUUCUUUCAGGCACUAUGGUGGUUCAUAGUCUCACUGGUGGCACUGGGUCUGGUCUGGGUUCUCACUUGAUUGAAACUUUAAGGGAUGCAUACCCUCUGGCUCAUGUCAUGUCUGUUUCUGUAUUGCCCCACUCAGCAGGUGACAGUCCUCUCCAACAUUACAACUCUCUUCUCAGUUUGUCAACAUUACAAUGGUAAGUAAUAUUGGCCCGCUCAAACACUAUUUUUGCAAUACUUUAUUUUUUCCUACAACACACAAUCAAUUACUAUCUGUACCCUCGAUGUAUGAGAAGUAGUUUAGUCUUCCUUACUUGACUGGCUUGAUUUCUCACGUAAGUGCAGAUCAUGGUUUUGAUAAUGGAUCUGCCUUCCAGUUAAUGUUCAUACUUCAAAUGGACCAGCCUGCAAUUUCUGAAGCACAUAAGAAAGAUUAUGCUUUAAUUUAUGAUUGUUGGGAAAGACCUUUGUAUGUCUCUUGGAAAGGGGGAUGGUUGGAAAGAAGGGAUUCUUAACAUAAAUGUAUUGUUGUAGAUAUUGUUAUUAGUAUGACCAUUAUUAUUAUUAUUAUUAUUAUUAUUAUUAUUAUUAUUAUUAUUAUAUUUUUAUAUUGUGGAAAGCCCGUAAACUACUCUUACAGCAAAGCGUUUUAUCUAUGGUAAAUGAACUAUCUAUUCAGGUGAAAACUUUCCUUGUCUUUCCCCUCACUUUUCAGUCAUGCUGAUGCAGUUCUAUUGUUUAGCAAUGAUGACAUUCUUCAUCAUAUGGCAGCACACAGUGGACUGUUAACACGACAAAACCCAUCGGGCUCCAUCUCUCUCAAAGACAUGAACCAAUACAUUUCUAUGAGCCUUGCUGGAGUGCUUCAACCUUUGGGAAGCAAACCCAAGCGUUUAAAAGGAAAGCUUAAGGAGAGGGGAGCGAAGGAAACGAUCGGCAGCAAAAAAAGAAGCGAAAUAUUUUACAAAAGUACAGAAACAUCGUGUAAAAUGGACACCAUAACAAAACAGCUUUCGUUUUCCCUUAAUGAAUCUCAUCACGAAUCUGAAGUCACUCGCCACAGAGCCGUCUUUGGCCGUAGUCCUGGUUCCGCAUCAUCCAUGUCGUCUAACGACUCCAUUUUUAGUUCAUAUUCGUAUUUAAGCGACACUGACAGCUUAACAGACAUGUCAAGACAACCCAGAUCUACUGCCUCAGCGCUUUUGCGCUAUAGAGGAAUCGUAAACCCUCUCGAGAAGAGAACUUCCGAGAGUGGUGAUAGUCGUCAGACUGAAAAUUCUCCACCAGCAGUUGAUGUACCAAGUGGAAAUGAGCCAUGGGAAAUGUUCCGAUCAAUUUGUGCAGAGCCAUCAAAGAAGUUUGCCACAGUACAUCAUAUCGCCAAGUCGAAAGUUUCUUGGGAGAGCCUUACUCAGUCCCUUAUUCACUCAAUUCGAAGAUAUGAUCGAAAUGGUAUGCAGUUCUCAACCUUAGCCUCAUUGCUUGUGGCUCGCGGGGACCAUGAUGGUUCUUUUGCAGAGGUUUGGCCAAAGAUUGAAGAUAAACUGAGAACUUCGCUGGGAUUUGUGGACUGGAACCCAUUUCCUAUUGAUUUCUGGAUUAGUGAGUAACCUUUAUUUUCAAAGUAACUUUUUUCGCUUUUCCAAUCACGAGGGAAAAUUUUAAAGAUUAAGGGAGUCGAAUUUUUUUUUCUCAAUACUCCAGGUGUCAACAAGUCGAGUGAAUACUUUCUCAGCGCUUUCAUGACUUUUCUCAAUGGAAACAAAAGAAAACACAGGAUUAAGGAAUUGGAGAAACAGAAUUUCUUUCUCACGUCCUGUGCAUGUCACAAAAUCAGCUUGCACAAGAAAGUAGCGCGUUUAUCACCCGCUAAUUUGAAUAUUUCAUGCAAAGUUUCCUUAAGAAUGUGUGUUGUACAAAGUAGUAUUAUCUUCAUUUGUUGCAUCUUAAACGUGUUUUAAGGCGUUGCAAAUUCACUCACAAAAUGUUUCACACCACAGCUAACGUCUCGUAUCAAGACAAUUUGGUUUUAUUAUAUAGAUACUAUAUAUAUACCAUUGUACUAACUGCGUCUUCGUUUAUAAUACGUUUAUAUAUUCAUAUAUAUAUAUAUAUAUAUCACAGGCCGGUAUAACCCUGUUGGUCCCAAAGACUCCCAGUCUCUUACUCUGUGUUUAAACUCAACUAAGAUUGUGGAGACUUUAGAGGACGUUAUGAGGAAGGCAAGAGCGAUGUACGGUGCAGGUGCUUAUCUUCACUGGUUUACCAAACACGGCUGCUCUAAGGUAACAACAGGGUUAAAAGCAACCCAUGAACUUGCUGAAAAAGUAAACGUUCCCGUAUUUUUGGAUAUUUCGAGAACCGUUUUGAGUCGCAUGGGGUAAAUAACGUUUUUAACUAGCGGUUUAGUUUCAGAAAUGGCUGAGGACAUGGUGUGCACGUUUUUUUUUCUGAAUGAAUUUUCAGACUUAUAGCAUUUGUUGGCUACUUCAUAUGAAUACUUGUUAGUGAUAAAUUAUUUUGACCAUGAGCCUGGAAUAAAUAUGUCAUUUAUUAUCCUCGCACAGUACCCUUUCUUUUUACCCUCAGACUACUCUACUCGCUCCACUAAAAUGCUUUACUUAUGAGGUUGUGGUAUUUGUUUUAAAUCUGUUCGCAACUCUUGAUCACUUUAGAAUGACUUUCUGGAUGCAUUUGAAACGCUGGAGUCUGUUGUUGAGGAAUACAAGCUUGGUGUAAGGUGA